AUGAUUCUGUGUGGAAUCAUCGAUAAGUUACAGCAGGAAUCCAAGAAUGGAAUGAGUCAUGGCUGGAAACCGAUCUAUUUCUUCUGUCAAGCGAAUGACAAUCAAUUCAACAAUGCUACCUCUUUGGUACGCGGCCUUCUUGAGUCUCUCUUUGAUGAACAUAGGAAACUACGCGACAAGAUGAAUCGUACGGACAUCUCUUACCAUCUCGACUUAAAUAGCUUUGAUAUGUUACGCAAUACACUCAUGAAAGCGUUGAAGGACCCAGAUCUUCCGGGUUUAUACCUGAUUGUGGACGCUCUUGACGAGUGUCAGCAUGACCUUCAAGACCUUAAAAAACUUCUCCAACUGAUCGCGGAUGUCUCUAAUUUAUCGUCUGUCAGGAUCAAAGUAUUGGUCUCGAGUCGCCCUUCAGAGAUCAUCGAGAACGAGUUAAAUCCUUUGCAGCAGAAAAUUGUGUUAUCCCUCGAAUCAGAUCAAUCCUCGAUUUCUGAAUCUGUGCAACUCUAUAUAUUGCACAAGGUGAAGGAACUGGCAGAUAAGAAACGGUAUGACGAAGCUCUGCGGCAUGUCGUUCAGCAGCAUCUGGAGUCAAAUGCGCAAGGCACCUUUCUCUGGGUAGCAUUGGUAUGCAAAGCCCUCGAGGGCAUAGACGUCCUCGCCCGCCAUACGCUCCAAAUUCUUGAAGCCAAGUUUCCUGCAGGCCUUGAGAAUUUCUAUGCAAAAAUGAUGGAAGACCUCAACAAGUCACGGAAGGACGCAGAAGUUUGCAAGCAAAUCCUUGCAAUUGCCUGUGUUGUCUACCGCCCCAUCAAUUGGGACGAAAUGGUAUCGCUGCUGGGACAGCCUGACCUUCAGGGAGCCAAAUCGAUCAUUGCAUCCUGUGGCUCUUUUUUGACUAUGCAAAAGCAAAAGGAUACAGAAGUCAUAUCCUUCGUUCAUCAAUCUGCGAAGGAAUUCUUGCUUGAGAAUACAAUUGCAAGAAGACAAAUCUUACCUUUCGAUGUGGAUCAUCAGCAUUAUCGCAUCUUUUCAAUCUCGCUUCAAAAUCUCUCAAGAACAUUAGAGCGAGAUAUGUACAAACUGAAAGACCCUGGGUUUCACAAAAGUCUAGUGUCACCGCCAAAACCUGAUCCACUUACUGAAGUCCGGUAUUCCUGCGUUUACUGGGCUGACCAUCUUCUCAAUCUGGCUCCACCCGGUUCCCAGAACCUAUCAGCGCCGGAAGGCAAGGUCGAAAUAAAACCUUUGACAGAUGUACAUGCACAAAGCCCCCGUUGGUACAUCGACCUCAUUCGACUCAUUUUCAAAUCACUCGUUACCUUGGCAUUUCUCCUCUAUAAUCUGGUUUCACUGAGCCUCCCAGCCAGAGAGUUCCACGAAAGCAUGAAGAAUGGAGGUCCAGUACAUGAGUUCUUACAAGACAAGUACCUUUACUGGCUGGAGGCUCUCAGCUUGCUAUCUAGUAUCCCUGAGGGGGUCAAAGCGAUGGAAAGACUUGAGGCUUGCUCCAGGAAUCUCGAAUCUCGAGAGCUAUACAGCUUUAUCAACGAUGCUAGACGGUUCAUUCUGUCACAGAAGGGGGCUAUAGAGAUUGCUCCAUUACAAGUGUAUGUCUCUGCUCUCGUGUUCAGUCCGUCUGGCAGCCUGAUCAAACAGCUUUUCAAUCGAGAAGAACCAAAAUGGAUAUGUGGCAAGCCAAAAGUUGGAACGGUUUGGGACCCCUGUCUACAGACUCUCGAGGGCCAUAAUGAUGGGGUGACCUCAGUGGUCUUCUCGAAUGACGGCGAGCGACUCGCAUCAGGCUCCCACGAUAAGACAGUCAAGAUUUGGGAUGCCACUUCGGGUGGUUGCCCCCAGACUCUCAAGGGCCAUAAUGGGUCGAUAACCUCGGCCGUCUUCUCGAGUGACGGCCAGCGACUCGUAUCAAGCUCUCUCGAUGAGACAGUUAAGAUCUGGGAUGCUACUUCGGGUGAUUGCCUCCAGACUCUUGAUGGCCAUAAUCAUUCGGUAUUAUCAGUGGUCUUCUCGAAUAACGGCCAGCGACUUAUAUCAUGCUCUAAAAAUAUAGCAAUUAAAAUCUGGGAUGUUACUUCGAGUAAUUGCCUCCAGACGUUUAACAGCAAGGAUGAUUGGGUAAAAUCCGUGGUCUUCUCGAAUGACGGCCAGCGACUCGCAUCAGGCUUUCACGAUAACACAGUCAAGAUUUGGGACGCCACUUCGGGUGAUUGCCUCCAGACUCUCGAGGGUCAUAAUGGGCCAGUGUGGUCAAUAGUCUUCUCGAACAACGGCCAGCGACUCGCAUCAAGCUCUCUGGAUAAAAUAGUCAAGAUCUGGGAUGCCAAUUCGGGUAAAUGCGUCCAGAUUCUCAAGGGCCAUGAUCGCUGGGUAAACUCAGUGGUAUUCUCGAAUGACGGCCAGCGACUCGCAUCAGGCUCUGACGAUAAGACAGUCAAGAUCUGGGAUAUCUCUUCGGGUCGAUGCCUUCAGACUCUCGAGGGCCAUGAUGAUUCGGUGUGGUCAGUGGUCUUCUCGAAUAACGGCCAGCGAAUCGUAUCAGGCUCCUACGAUAAGACAGUCAAGAUAUGGGAUGCUACUUCGGUUGAUUGCCCCCAGACUCUCGAGGGUCAUAAGUACUGGGUGAACUCAGUGGUCUUCUCGAAUGAUGGCCAGCGACUCGCAUCAGGUUCUAAUGAUAACACAGUCAAGAUUUGGGAUGCUAAUUCGGGUGAUUGCCUCCGGACUCUCGAGGGCCAUGAUAGUUGGGUGUUAUCUGUGGUCUUCUCGAAUGAUGGCCAGCGACUCGCAUCAGGUUCUAAUGAUAACACAGUCAAGAUUUGGGAUGCUAAUUCGGGUGAUUGCCUCCGGACUCUCGAGGGCCAUGAUAGUUUGGUGUUAUCUGUGGUCUUCUCGAAUAGCGGCCAGCGACUUGCAUCAUGCUCCGACGAUAUGACAGUCAAGAUCUGGAAAGUCACUUCGAAUGAUUGCCUCCAGACUCUCAAGGGACAUAGUAGCUCGGUAUGGUCAGUGGUCUUCUCAAGUGACGGCCAGCGACUCGCAUCAGGCUCCGAAGAUAAGACCAUUAGGAUCUGGGAUGCCACUUCGGGUAAUUGCCUCCACACUUUGUCUGUUGGCACGCUUGUAUAUCAACUUUCAUUCGACCCAAAAACAAAUUCCCGACUGUUUACAGAGCUUGGAACUUUUGAUAUCCCCUCUGGUUCUGGCACGGCUAUAUUCGAUAGCGAGAGGGCUGCGCCCCGCGAUCGUAGCCACUCUGGUUAUGGCAUAAGUGCUGAUGGCAUAUGGAUUGUGAAUGAAGGACAGAAUCUGAUUUGGCUACCUCCGAAGUAUCGUCCGAGGGUUUUCGCAGUAGCAGAUUCAACAGUGGCCUUAGCUUCUCAUUCAGGUUGUAUCUAUGUGAUGCGUUUUUCACCGGAUGUUAAGGACCCUGAGAACGCAUAA